AUGCCUAGUAACCUCAAACACGACRUUGAGCCUUGGCGCGAAGAGAUCGAGCAACGUACAAGAGAUGGAGAGUCUCUCGAGCAGAUCGCCGCUGGUCUUUCUGCGAAAGGCUUCAAUACAAGUUCCAAGACCAUCGGAAGAUAUCGCAUUCAAUGGGGUCUGCGCCAACGUGCAGCGGGUAGAUGCGUCGGCAAGAAGUAUCCAAAUCGAAAAAGGAAGCUUCCCGACUCUGGGCCAUCAAAGACUGCUGGACAAGAUCAAAGAAAACAAGACAUCACAGAUCGUACACAGCGAGGCGAGACCGCAGAGCAGAUCGCAGAUGCCUUGACAGCACAAGGAUUUGAGCUGAAAAAAGGUGCUUCAACUGUAUGGCGCCUUCAAACUUACUGGGGAUUGAUCCCAUACGACCCCGCGAGAGCGCGAGGAAAGCACAGCAAGAACAGAACUUCCCCAUCCAAGACAACAUCGACAGCCCGCCGCAGGAUUCCACCAACUCCUGCCGACCCAAAGGCCUUCUACCCAAGUAACUGCGCAAAUGGUCCUCAAAGGCGUGCUCUCGCCAUUGCACCGCAUCCAAACGGCAGAGAUAGCAUGCCGACGAACAUCGAUCCGGAUUUCGACUCCGACCCAGAGCCUCUCCCAGACAUGAUGGACAACGAUGAGAUUACUUCUACGGCGGAACGUAGCCAGGACGCAUAUUCGUCUACGGUUCCUCGAAUACAGCCGGACCUGGUCCCAAUAGACGCCACUCACCAGUCUGUCGGCGUCGACGUCGCAGCACAUUUGAUGAGUGCAGAGCUUCUGCUGGAUCUUGCAUCAUCCACACUCGCAGCAGCAACCAGACUCAMAGAGCUCUACUCUGCGCAGCAAAUGCAGAGACCGGCGAAAGGUUCGCUGAGUUCGUCGMCGCCGACAAGCGAAGACAUUGCGCAUGCUAAACUAAAGGUUCGAGAAGCAGCCGGGGUCAUGUAUGAUCUGGCUACAUGA